AAAACGCAACGGUUGACUUGGUUACUCACUCUCUAACUGUAUGUGUGUGUUUGUAUGCGUGUUUUGGCUGUGUUUUGGUCUCGGCGCUUUGCCAUUUCAGUUAAUAUCGAACAUUCGCGUUGAGUUGUUGCUUUGGUGCUGGCGGAUAAAAAUUUGAAAACGUUGUGACUGAAACCACAACAAAACCACUAAUAAUAACAAUAGUAAAAGCAAUCAGAAAUAAAAAAACAACAUUCGUUACCAUUCUUGACACCGUCGGCAGUUCUUUACGGAUCCGUGACUAGUUCAACGGCAGUUGUCUUUUGCUUCAAUAAUCUCGACCAGACGUCGAAUCGGGCGUUAAAUUGAAGGCUUCAUUAAGGGCUAAAUUGAGUAGCGCGUUAGUUAAACGGCGAAGACGUACAGUGUAGGUGAGCAGUGUCUGUGAUUUGGCAAAAAGGUGAAAAUCAGCAACAAAAACAACAACAACCACAAUAUAGCAGUUCAGUGAAAAGCAUCUACUCGCAUUUUAAAACAUAAAUAACCAAACAAAAAGGAGAGAAAAUUACGUCUAACUCGCAAAAGCUUCAAACCAUCAUUUAUCAAACAUAUGAGUAAUACUAAACAUAUAAGAAACUAAGUACUUAAAAUUAUUUGGUGUGAUUUGUGAAAAAAUAAAUAAAAAUCGACGUGUACAAAAUGCGCGCUUGGGUUAAAUAUGCAUAAACCUUGGCUAAAUCGUAGAUCUUUAUAUGCUGAGCGCGAUCGUGAUGAUCCAGCGAUGCACCAUCAUUAUCACAACGGUUUGCACUCUGCAUCGGCUAUAAAGCAUAAGCCACAAACCACGUUGAUGUCGUCGUCGUCGCCGUCGUCGUCAAUGUCGUUGUCGUCGUCGUUGUCGUCGUCGUCGUCGCCAUCCUCAUCAACGAACAUUUUACAUAAUUCAAGUAUUGGUUCCAUUAAUUUAGAGGAUUAUAUAACCGCAAUGGAGGCACGUACCAAAGCAUUAGAUCGUCAACAAUCCGAAGUUGAUGUAUGGGCACAGCUACAACAAAAAGAAUCGGAUAUAUUACUAGCCGCCGAAUUGGGUAAAGCGCUAUUGGAGAAGAAUGAAGAAUUGGUGAAACAGCAUGAGAAACUCAUCGAAGACUAUUCCAUGAAAAUCGAGAAAUUGGAACAAGAAAAGCAUGUUUUACGUCAAAAGCUCGCCAUUGCCGAAGAGGAGAGCGAUCAACGUGUUCUCGAACUGCAAUCUGAUCUCAACGAACUCAAAGAUAAAUUACAGGCACAGGAGAAUGCAAUACGUCAGGCGGAAAAGGAGAAGACUAUACUUAUCGAUGAGUUGACACAUCAGAACACGCGCCUCACUGAGCAAAUACAGGAAGCGCACACCACCGAACUGAAAUUAAUGUCGCAGAUACAGGAACUUAAGGAUCAGUACAAUUACAGGAAUACCAGCUUGCAGGAGCACGUGCAUAGUCUGGAAUCCAUAAAAACCGAGUUGAACCUCACUACAGAAAAACGCCAUGAUCUUGAGAAACGUUUACAGCACGCACAGGAUGAAAAGGAAUCGUUAACGUCCGCAUUAGAAGAGGCUUCUGACAGAAUACACAUGCUAGAGAGACACGCACGAGAGCAGGAAACAAAAUUAGAGACAACACUGCAAGCACUUGAGAGAUCUCAGCGUGAAAAUAAUGUACUCAGCGAACGUUUGGGAGCGGAUGCCAAUUCUAGUGCACAUGGCAAAAAAUCUUUGCAAUUCGAAAUGGAGUGCGAUGAAGAUGACUCCAGUUUCUCAGACGGCAAACCCAGUCAAAUUUGUAUUGAGGCGCGCUCUGUCUACAUACAGCUGAAAUCACUUGUGGACUCACUAAAAAUUGGGCAUGAUGAUGACUCAGGUUUAAAUUCGGACAUAUCGUUAGACUUGGAAUCUAUGGACAAUACGAUUUCAUCGUCAAGCCGCACCGAAGGUGGCAGUCACACGGAGGCUAUUGAAUUUCGUCCCGGCAUGCUAUCAGCCAUGUCCGAUGAGCUAACACGCUUGCUGCUCAAUUUGGAUGCCGGCAACUUCAGAAAGAUGCUCGAUCAGACGCGCAAUCUUGUGCUGGAGCAAGAGGACGAGAUCAAACGCAGUCAUCAAUUGAUACAGGAGUUGGAAUCAAAAUUCACCGUCACCGAUGUGGAACUGCAGAACGUUAAGGAGGAGCGCGAUCAAGCACGUGGUGAUCUUAUUGACAAUAGCGAUCGCGAUGAAAUGCUCGUUAAAGCACAAAAGGAACGCGAUGCAGCGAAUGAGCGACGCACAAAAGCCGAAAUCGAUUUGGCUAAGACGCGCGUAGACUUAAUGCAGGCCAAUAGCCAAUUACUUGAGUCAAUACAGCAGAAGGUUGAGUUGUCACAACAGCUGGAACAGUGGCAGAUGGAUAUGCAAGAGUUACUGCAGGAGCAAAUGCGUUCGAAGUUAAUUAACAAUCGCAAAGUGGCAUCGCCUGCCGCUGCCAGUACAAAUACAAGCGCCGCGUCCGCGCUGGCAAAACGUGUGUCCAGCUACAAAUUCUGGAGCUUAUUUCAACGGUAAAUUGAGCAUACUAUGGAAAUUCUACGCUACUAUAAUAUACUAAUGUAAAAGUCUUUUUUUUUAUUAAUAUUAUUUUUUAUGAUUAUAUUUUAAUAUUUAUACAAUAUACAAGUUUAUUACAUAGCAAAAUAUAGACACAUAUUUAUAUGUUGUAACAUGGAGGAGAUGUUAUAAAAAAUAUUGAUUGCAUUUUUAUAUACAUUUUGCUAGUGUAAUGACACGAAUUGACAAAAAAACAAUUAAAAAUAUAUACACUUAUGAAUACAAUUACUUGAACUAACGUUAGACGCCGAUUUUGUGUGAACAUAUAGUUUUGUUGGGAACCGCUGCGUUUCACAUGCGCUUUACUAACUUUAAUUGUUAAAAUAAAAAAUUAAAAACUUAAAAAUUCAGCAAAAAAGACAUUAAACGUACUAUUUUAUUUUAUAAAAAAUUAUAUAUUAUAUAAAUAACCGUUAUUUUUAAGCAACAAAAUACAAAAAGAGAAAACAAGCAAUUCAAAAUUGUACAAUAGCAGCAACUUACGCACUUCAUGCAUGCGCAUGCGCCAAUACAAUUCAAUAUAUGGAUGUGUAUGCAUGGAGUGCGUGCCACUCGCUCGCCCAAAAGACACAUAUCGCUCUACAUUUGUAGUGUUUGCAGUAAAUAUUGUAUAAAUAGCAAGUAAUUCUGGUCAUAAAUCGCUAAAUUUAAAAUUGUCGCCGCUCUUAUUGUUUUUUUUUUCCACCACGCUAUACAGUGAGUAGUACACUAACACACCACACUAGAGUAUUGAUAAAAAUUGCAAAAAAAAAACAACAAUUAUAUAAAUUAAUAAUUAAAUUCAUUUUAAUAUUAUAUGUUUUAGCAAAAAUGUAAACAAUUAUAUUAAAUAUAUCUACAUACAUACCAUACAUACAUGUAUACAUAUAUACUAAUGUAUCGUAUAUUAAUUGUAAGUCUCUUAAGUGCAUUAAAUAGUCACCAUUACCGUUAGUUCAGCGUGAGUGGUGAUGUGAUUGAUUAGUUGAUCGUUUGAUAAGUUAUAGUUGUCGUUGGCAUUGGCGCAAUAGUUUGUAUAAAACAACAAUAAAAAUGGAAAUAAGUAAAGACAUUUCACCAAGUGUUUAACAUGCAUGCUACUUAAAAUAAUAAAAAUCUGUGAAAUAAAAACAAAGAUGAAGAAUAAACGAA